UUUCCACACCCACCAUAUCCGGAUAUUAACUAACUCAGUUCUGAUCAUCACACCAUCACAAUAAUGCAGCCAAUUUCAUAACUAAUUAAUUACAAUUGCCUCGAUCGAUAGUCUAGAAUUUCUUCAUGCAUUUAUCAUUCUGGAUUUAACCAUGACCCUUAAGGGUGGAGUAACCCUAGCAUGUGCAGCAUGCAAACACCAGAGGAGAAAGUGUACCCCAGAGUGCCCUCUUGCUCCAUACUUUCCAGCAGACCAACCCAAAUUGUUCAUGAAUUGCCACAAGUUAUUUGGAGUGAGCAACAUUGUCAAGAUAUUAAACCAAGUAGAACCUUGUCAAAAGGGAAUAGCCAUGGACUCUCUCAUUGCUCAGGCAAAUUACAGGGAAAAAUACCCGGUUCACGGUUGCUGCGAAGCAAUAAACCGGGUUAGGUACCAGAUAUGGCAAAUGGAAGAAGAGCUUCUUCUUCUUCGUCACCACCUCGAGAUGUGUCAGCAACAACAUCAUCAGCAGUCUAUUCUUGAAGAUGUUACUUCUCCGUUAGAAUUGGGAAUGACACCAUGUGCUAAUUCCCUCCAGCAACAAUCUUACUCCAAUAGCAAUUGUGUGGCCUACAACAACUCAUGCAUCAUGGAUUCCAAGGAUAUUAAUGUCACAAAUCCAUUGUGGGCAAAUGAUCACAAUAGCAAUUCCAUGUCUGGGCAAAAGCAAUUGGUUACAACACAACUUCUUUCAAUCCAAGAAGAAGUUGUUGAGAAUUAUGAUGAGAUGAAUCCGUUUUUUGACACAAUUGACGACAGACAAUCAUAUAUCUGUUCCAAGGAGUCUUAUGAAUCAAGUACUUCAGAAGAAUCACUAAAAGAUACGCGAAAAUGCAUUGAGCAUGUUGCUGAGAAUGAAUUGAAGAAUGCUGCUGCAUGCUUCAGCCUUACAAGUGUUAGCUAGCUGAUCAAUGAGUUGUUCCCUCCCCCUUCCCUUGAACAAAAAGAGGGAAGAAGCAUCAUUGUUCAUGAGCCACAACAUGUGAUCGAACACAAGAACUCAUCCACAUCCACAAAAAUGAUGAAAUGGAAAUGCUCCUUCUCCGCUGGAACAGAGGCAGCCACAGCAGUGGUAGUGACGAAAACCCCGCCGCCUGUGUCGUCAAGUGAAUUUAAUUUGUAAUUAAACUAAACUAGUACUGGUUAUGGUUAUGAACUUAUGAUUAUGAAUGAAUAGGAGGAAUGCUUGCUUGCUUGCCUAGUAGCUAGCUGUUUGCUUGUUUGCUUCCCUCCCUCCCUGUAACAUCAAAUCAAAUUGGGCAGAUUAGAUUUGUCUUGUUCCUUCCUGGUAAAUUACGAGUAUUUUGGUUUUGAGUUCAAUCAUGAAUGAUG